UGAUUAUGUAUGUCAUUUAUGCAACAGGUUUCAUUAAAGGAAAAUAGUUAAGUGAGUUUAGACUGAGUUGUCAAAACGAGUUCUAACAGCCAAGGGAUACUUACCUCCCCCCUCCACACGCAUUCUGUCUUUGCGCAAUGCUGUGUGCAGAAGAGAAACUACACUUCCCAGGAACCUCUGCCGGUGAGGCGCAAGGCAAGAUGGGAAGUACUGCUGGGUGAACAACCGUCCUAUUGGUGUGCAACCUAAAAGGCCGCCUGAGCUCGUGAGCGAUUGGUAGGAUUUUGUAGAUGCUCGCUGAUUUGAGUUGUUUUUCGGUUGCGUUGUUGGACGCCAGGGGUUAGCACUUGGUGUGGAGAAGACAGCAUGAACUUCACUCCGACACGGACACCCAUCUGCAGAAAGUUGGCCUGGAACUCAGUGUAGCAAAGGAAUAUCGUUUGCCUCUAAACGUGGUGCUGGCUCUGGCUUUGGUGAUACCAACAGGUGGAAGAAAAUGGCAGACUCAAUGGAGUCAACACCCCUGCCUUCAGUCGAGGAUCGUCUGGCUGUCCUUUGCCCUUCUCAGGAGCUUCUGGAGUAUUAUCAGAAGAAGAUGGCUAACUGUGAGUCAGAGAAUGAAGAUCUGCUGAAGAAGCUAGAGCUCUACAGAGAAGCUUGCGAAGAGCAGCAUAAACUUGAGUGGAACUUGCAGCAGAGGGAGGAAGAGAUUGCAGAAUUGCAGAAAGCUCUGAGUGAUAUGCAGGUCUGCCUCUUCCAGGAAAGGGAACAUGUUUUACGACUCUACUCAGAAAAUGACCGACUAAGAAUCAGAGAACUGGAAGACAAGAAAAAGAUUCAGAAUCUGUUAGCUCUGGUGGGCCCAGAUGCUGGUGAAGUGACCUAUUUUCAUAAGGAGCCUCCCCACAGAGUCAGCAUUCUCCAGAAGACUCUGCAGGCUGCAGUCGCAUGUGAGCCUUCUGCUUCCAAAGCAGAUCCUGGAGUAAGCAAAAGACAAGUAAGAAUAAAGGACAAGGAGGGCAUUUCUGAGCGCCACCAGAGGGACACAGAGAUGCUGCUCCUGCAGGUGGAAGCACUUCAGGCGCAGCUGGGAGAGCAGACAAAGCUUUCGAGAGAGCAAGUGGAGGGGCUCAUGGAGGACAGACGGAUCCGAGUCGAGGAGAUCCAAGUUCAGCACCAGAGAAACCAAGAGAAAAUCAUGGAGCUAACCAAGAGUCUCCAUCAUACCCAAGAACUGCUCUACGAGAGCACCAAGGACUUUCUACAACUAAAAUUUGAAAACCAAAAUAAAGAGAAGGUAUGGAUGCUUGAGAAAGAUCACCUGAUGUCAAAGAUUACGCAGUAUAGAGCGCAGUGUAAGAAGAAAGAGGACAAACUUGGAAAAGUUGUUCCCAUUUUACACGAGAGUCAUCAUACUCAAAAUGAAUAUAUUAAGUCUCUUAAGGAUAAGCUAAUACAAGAGAAAAAGCUGUCCAACAUGUACCAAGAACAGUGCAUUUCCCUAGAAGAGGAACUUGCUCGAAUUCGGGAGGAAGAAGGAGUGAGGAGAGAGAUCUUCAAGGAUCGCUCCAACAAGAUGGGCAAGCGCUUACAGAUAAUGACAAAGCGCUAUCAGGCCUUGGAGCAUCGACGAGCCCUAGAAGUAGAAGGCUUCAAGACGGACAUUAAGUCUCUCCGACAGAAGCUGCGAGACCUGGAGCAAAUGCUCUACAAGGCAACCAUGAACAACACCCAUGGAGAUCAGGACCUGGCCAUGCUGUGUGAAGUCCGUGACAGCAACAGGAGAGCUCAUAAGAUACAGGGGGAACUGAAGAACCUCAAGUCUAAAGUGUUUGGGCUGGAGAAUGCGCUUAGGCUGUGCUGAUGACUCCUUUCAGGGUUGGCUUCUGGAGACCUGAGACAAGGUCACCUGUGCCCACAAAGUGGACCUGGAGUUGUCCAGAGUAGUGGCAUCAAUUUUAAUAAAGAUGGUGUUAAGGGCAUGAUAGCUCACACCUAUAAUCCCAGGGCUUGGGAAUCUGAGGCAGGAGGAUUGCCACAAACCCAUGGUACAGGCAGGUGGAUCUCUCUGAUUCAUGGCCAGCCUGAUCUACAAUAGUGACUUCUAGGCCAUCCAAGGCUAUUUAAUGAAACCCUGUCUACAAACAAACAAACAAACAAAAACAAAAAUAAAACAUCAAAACCAGAGAGGAAAGAAGGAAAACAGUGGCAAACCUGGCUCUGGCACAGCUGCCCUGGCUGACUGCAGUCUCACCAUCCUGCUAGCCUUGUCUUUUAUAUACUGAUAGGCUUUUCUGACUUUAAAAAGUCAGUGAUGGGGAUGUAGCUUAUCUGGUGAAGUGCUGUCGAGCAUACAGAAAGCCCUGGUCCUGCUAGCUCCCCUAAAGCCAGGUUUGGUGGCUCACCUGUAGUCAGCACUGGAGAGAGCCCAUGUGGGAGAAUCUAAGUUCACAUUCACCCUUGGCUAUAUGGUGAGUUCCAGGCCAGCCUGGGCUACACAAGACCACGUCUAAAAAUGAAAACAAGAAACAAACAAACAUACAAAAAAGAAAAUAAUAACUUAGGAAGAGCCGUUUUGCUGAGCUUGCUAAGUGUCAGUGGGAGAAUGUGUUUCCUGGAGACCAAAGUCAUUCACUGAAGUCAUUCACUCAGGAAUUACAUACACAUGGAAAGUCACAGACUUAGCUGCGUUCCGAGUUACUGACCACCAGGGGGCAGCAUAGCCCUUGCUCUCAAGUAAAAUUGGUCAUCAAGAAAAGGGUGCUACUUUAUGUACAGUGGGCCAAACUGUACAAAAUGAUAUUUUAUGUGAAAAAGUUUGACAUUUUAUCCAUAGUUUUAAAUUUCAAAUUAAGCAUUUUCAAUAAAAUGGGUGGUUUAAAACAU